AUGGGGUCAUUGAUAUGGGAGCGAUUGCGCCAAAGACUAUGGAGAACAAUCCAACCUCGCUCGACAUGGGGGUACAUUCUUUGUUGCGGAAUCGCCACUUUCUUAGUCGUUCGUACUCUGUCUUCGUCGUCACCACUGCUUUCAUCAAACCUGCCCGCAUACACGGGUCCGUUUGGCGUUGGCACAAUUGACGUGGAGGUCCCGGUCGAGACUCGGUCGAUCAAUAACGCCACGUUCAAGGAUGGCGGGCAUCCGGCUUUCCAGCUCGAGACUGUUCUAUUCACUCUGUACUACCCUACGAGAAGAGGCACGGUCUCUUCGAAACCGCAUCAUCUGUGGGUGCCAAAGCCGCGUGCAAUCGUUGGCGAAGGUUACGCUCGAUUUGCUCACAUUAGCAAUUUUGUCACCAACUCGCUCAUCACUUUCGGUUUAUGGGGCUUGGUGGGCAGUACAAAAAUUCCAGCACAUGUCGACGUUCCGCUGCAUGACUCUCCAGUCCUCUUGCAGUCGCCGGGGUUCGAGACCGAACCUUUGACGGUCGACGAGGGAAUACCCGUCAUGGUGUUCUCCCAUGGCAUGGCCAGCUCCCGGACUCAGUACACCCAGUACGUCGGAGAGCUCGCAAGUCGAGGCUUUGUUGUCGCGGCCAUCGAACAUCGAGAUGGCAGCGGACCGGGCACGCAGAUCAUCAGACACGGCCAGCCGCCUCGGACACUGUUGCAUUUUGAUGUCCGACACUUGACGGUUGAUUCCGGCCUCGAUGGCGACACAUUCAAGAAGGCUCAGCUUGAUUUCCGACAAGCGGAAGUCGAAGAAACUGUGGGCGUGCUGGAGCGGAUCAAUCAUGGCGCUGGUGGCGAGAUUUUCAAAUCAAAUUCCCGACACGAAGGCCAGCAUCUAUAUGAAUGGGAAGGACGACUUGCCAUCAAGAAUGCCACGAUUGGCGGCCACUCAUUUGGAGCCACGCUAGCACUGCAAACUCUGAGGAAUGGACCAUCAGAGCUUCUCCCAUUCCAGGGCGCGGUGGUGCUUGAUCCCGGCAAACAAAGUGGUCCUCUCAAUCAUGAUGUCCGUGUCCCGACUUUGAUUCUUCACUCGAAUUCCUGGUCGAGUCGACGUUCGAUCUUCUUCGGCCGAGCGCACUUUGACGUUGUCAAGGACGUCGUCCGAGGCGUGUUGAAACGAGGCAAAGACGCGUGGUUCAUGACUUCCUUGGGCACCUCCCACCCAUCCGUCACCGACGCGCCGCUGAUCGAGCCAUGGCUGUUGAGCUUCACGACCGGCGCCACGAUCGACGUCCACGAAGGUGUUAAUCAAUAUGUCAAGGUCACCCAGAGAUUCCUGCAGUAUCAAACCACCGGUGUAAAGGAAGGCAUCCUGGCAGAAUGCGUCACUCAUCCUCAGUACUGGGUCGAGGAUGAGAGCAGGCCAGACAGCGGUGAUCUCCCAGAGACGUUCCAGAAGUACUGGCAGAUCCAUGUUGCGCCCUGUGGUCCAAAGGAGGGAGAGGCAUGA